UAAAAUAAAUUAUUAUUCACAAAUUUUAACUAAUUUCAUUAAGCGAAAAAUAUUCAUUCAUCUAGCAUACAAACAAACAUAAAUAAAUAAAUGGAUUUAUAGCAAUAAUAAUAGCAAUAGUCUUUAUAGCCAUAACAGCAAUUGGCUGCUUAAAACUAAUUAAAGCCAAAACAGGGUCAUUUUUAUUAAAAAGGCAAACCUUUUGUCAAAAAAGGAAGAUAAUUAUCUGAUAUUUCAGGGACAUAUUUAGUUGUUUAUGAUCACUAUUAGAUCGUUAAAAGAAUAGGAGAUGGAGCCUAUGGUGUAGUAUUUAAAGCAAUUGAUAAGUCUAAGAAUAAUGAAAUCGUAGCUAUUAAGAAAGUUUCUGAUGCAUUUUUAGACCCAAGAGAUGCCAAAAGAAUUUUAAGAGAAAUAAAGUUAUUAAAAUUUUGUAAUCAUCCUAACAUCAUCAAGCUAAAGGAUAUCAUUAAGCCAGAAAUGCCAACAGGUUACAAGGAUAUUUAUCUAGUUUUAGAAUAUAUGGAAAUUGAUUUAGAUAAAACUAUAAACUCAGAGCAAGCCUUAUCGCCAAAAAUAAUAAAGAACUUGAUGUGGCAAUUAUUGAAUGGUAUAUUUUACAUGCAUUCAGCUGAUAUUAUUCACAGAGACAUCAAGCCUAGCAAUAUUCUUUUAAAUAAAAACUGUACAUUAAAACUAGCGGAUAUGAAUCUUGCACGUAAAUUUGAUGUGGAGCAAAGCAGUAUAACUGAGUAUGUUGUAACAAGACCGUACAGAGCACCUGAAAUUUUGCUUUCUACAGAAAAUUAUUCAAAACCUAUAGAUAUUUGGUCAGCAGGGUGCAUAUUUGCCGAAAUGAUGGGAAGAAAAACAAUUUUCAAAGGAAACUCAUAUGUGAAUUAGUUAGAUAGAAUUAUUGCUAUUAUGGGCAAACCAGAUUUUGAUAAAUUGUCGUAUAAAGUUGAUGAAAAUUUAAAAGAAUAUAUUAAGUAAUUAUAGGAAAAGCAACCAGAAAAUUUUUAUGAAAUUUAUAAAUCUCAUGACCCACUUGCCAUAGAUUUAUUAUAUAAAAUGCUAGCUUUUGAUCCGAAAGAGAGAUGGACUGUCGAAUAGUGCUUGUAUCAUGAAUACUUUAAAGAUUUUGAUAAAUCUUAAAUAAAAGCUUGUAAUCAUAAAUUUGAUUGGACAUUUGAUGAAAUUUAAGAAAGAAACGAUUUAAUUUAAAGAGCUAUUUACAAUGAAAGUUGUUAAUUCCAUUAAGAUGAACCUGAUGCUACAAUAGAAGAAGUAGAGCAACAUUAUAAAUAGCAAUAGCAAAUUAUUUAGCAAAAAAUAGCAUAAUAGCAUGCCGCAAAUGCAAAUUCUUAGUAGUUUUUAAAAACAAACUAAUAAUUUUAAAUGAAUUUAGAAAAACUAGCAGCUUCCUAGCCACUAAUUAAUCCUAUUAAUUUUAAUCCUAAUAUGUAAGUUCCCUUUUUUCCUAUGGGAAGAUAGCCACAAGUACCACCUGAAGCUAUUUUAUUGUAAAUGCAAAACAUGUAAAAAAAUCCGAUGUUAUAAAAAUAAUUUUAAAUGAUGUAAGGAUAGUAAUAAACGCAAAUGCCUCUUUAAAAAGAUUUUAGAAAUCCUUUUAACUCACAUCCCCUAGCAAAUUUAUCUUAAGAUAAAAUGAAAGCAGAUAGUUUACCAAUUAAUCCCAUACAAGCUUCUGCAGUCCAAUAAAAUCCUCUUUUUGUUCCAGGUUUACAUAAUUUUCCACCUGGAUUUCAUCCAAUUAAAAUUGGUAUGCAAGAAUAAUUUAAAAAACCUAAUAUCAAUAAUAAUACAAAUGGAAAUACUAAUUAACAAAAACCAAAUUAAAAUGACUAAUCUCCUCCAAAAACUGAUUCUGAAAGCAAAGCAUCAGAUACUAAUAAAAAUAACCAUAAUGGAUAAAAUAAUGGAGAUGAGAAUGGUAAAUAAGAAAAAAAUGAUAAAAAAUUUAAUAAAGAUAAUGAUUAGGAUUAAGAAAAAUAGAAUAAUAAUAAUGGCGAAAAAGAUAGAAAAAAUAGUAAUAAUGGUUUAAAUUAAAUGAGCAAUUAGACUACAGAAGAAAAAGAGAAUCCUGAAUCUAAAAGUAAAAUGCAAAAUAAAGAAAGUGAGAUGAACAGAUCUUAAGAUUUUUUAAAAGGCAGUAUUCUCAGUAAUUCAGAAGAGAUUGAAGAGUUGCCUAACAUCCCUGAAAUGAGGUAUAAAACAUUAACAUUUGGACCUGAAUAAUUUAACAAUAAUCAAAAAUCAGCAGAGUGA